AUGAAAAUACCUUGACGAGGUUUAGAGUAGAAGGCCUAGACUGAUGUGCUAUACAGCGGAGCAUCUCUGAAUUGUCCAUAUGCUUCUAUAGAAGCACUGUCGAUUCAUGGCAUUUUUAAGAAUCUGACACUCUAUAUAUUGCAGCAUGACUCAGUCAGGAGUCACUAAUGACACUCGUUUAUUUUUACAGAGCUACAUUAAACUGGCAUUAAAGCAACUAGUGUGCCACAGAACCACAGAAUAAAUGUCAGUAUCACACAGAAAAUGUAGAUGGAGGUUUGCCUCAUAUGACACCCUAAAAGAGGCGUAUAUCAAACGCAUCUCCACACACUUAGCAUAAAAAACAGUCAGUGACCAAUUUACACAUCAAUUGUAGACAUUUCUCCCCUUAUCGACGCUUAAAAUGAGCAAGUUGGAAUGGAUAGGACGCUUGAAAAACAUGGUGAAGAAGAGUCCUUUAUAUUCAAAUUUCAUUAUCGGCUUUGUGAUGCUGGGACUUGAGCAGCUUGUGGAGAUAGACUUUGCAUGCCCUUGUAACCCAAAGCUGAAUCUGCUGUUCUCAAUGGCGUAUUUUGUAGUUCCCGCUCUCUUCUCCUUCGCACUUUUGUUUUAUAUUCAAAGCUCACAAAUCAGCAAUUAUUCAAGCUGUUUGCACUGCGCUUUAGUUUGUCUUACUCCGGCCAUUCUCUGGAUCAUGCUACUGUUCUUUGAUGGACAAUACUUUGCCUGUGCGAAGACUUCAUGGGAAGGACUGACGGUUCACACGGAUAUAACUGCUUCAACAACAUGGUGUCAGCCUUUAAUCGAACGUGACAACAGCACAGAAAAGCAAAUGACAUUUUUUAGCUAUCGAAAUAACUCUCAGCUAGUGGGACUGUGCAUACUGCUCCUGAUCUCACUGCCUCUGAUGUGGAUGGGCGUUAGGAGGUGGUACCACACACCAAUAAGAACCAAAGAACUUGAAAAUGAACAAAUAGAAAUGGAGGAUUUGAGCCCAUCAACUGCUCCGGACACUGUCUCUACAAUUGGUGAUCACAACAGAGAUGAAUUUUAACAGCUUGGACAGAAAUGACUUUAUUUUUUAUAGUUGGACAUUUUUCAUUUUCACAAACCUCAUGUUUAAAAUUCAUAGGCUUCUCAUUAUUAAAUAUAAUGGAAUAAAUACACUAGUAAAGUUUGUAUUUUUUAAUUAUAUAUAAUUUGGUGUUGUUGCAACAGAAAAAAAAUCAACUUUGUGUUAAACUCUUUUGAAGAAGUAAACCAUAUUUUGCCAUUUUCUAAAGAAACUGUGUCAUAUUGCAGCUUUUACCUUGCAGCUGUCAUGUAGAGUAACAAACCACUUCCUGUCAUUUACAGCAAGGCCAUGUUUAGUUUGUUUUUGAAUUACUUUCAUUUUGGAUUACAUACUCAGAUAUUAAAUCAUUAGAUAUUUAGAUGUAAUUUAGAUGUUUCUAAGUGAUAUCCACUGAGAGACAAUUUGAUGUUGGGAAAAAAUUAGGGCAAUACUUGAACCUGUGACUUCUCGAACUUAAAGCAACACACGUACCUCCAGACAAACACAUCCAACACUAUACUACAGUUUAUUAAUGAAUAAAUAACUUCUUUAAAUAUGUUAUGUGUAGUAGCUGUAGUAAAGCACACAAUGACGAAGGAGAUAACACAAAAACUCUUUAUUAACGAUGCAAAAUCCUCAGGGGAUCACAGGAACAACAUAUGAGAAAUGCAUAAAUCAUAAAUGAGAACCGAAAAGGGACUGAACAUAACAGGGAGUAUGAAUACAAUGUGAACAUAAUGAAAUACAGGUGCAAAUCAUAAGUAACCAUAGAAACAAACAAGGACAUAAUCAGUAACCCAGGAAACCGAAACAUAACUAUUUUUGUGUUAUGUUUAUUUGAUCAUUUUAACAAGGCCUUUUAUUUGCAUACAAUCAUAUAUACACUUAGCAUAUUACAUAUAAUGUGCCAUGACACAUUCAAAUUGUAGUAUUAUGGCCUUUAUUUACAUAUUAUAAGUGCCAUCAAAGUUGACUACCCUGGUGAAAAAUAAAUAUACUAAAAUGUAUUUGAAAUACAUUUAUUUCAUGCUAAGUAUUCUACUAAUACAUUUACAUAUUUAUGUAAUUAAAAAACAUGCAACUGUACUUUUGGUAUACUAAACUGG